UGUCAGAAACAUAUAUAGGAAUCUCAAAGCCGGCAAACACUUUAUACACGUACUCAUCGAGAAAAUAUCAUUGAAUUCAACAACUGAAAGGCAACAUCUAUUGAGAGAGACAGAGUAAAAUCAACAGUUGCGAUUGAGAAAGCAAAUAGUUGACGACACAUUUUUAUAUCGUUCUAAAAUUAAUAGUUGUUAUUGAGCUAUUGUGAAACUCUUAUCACAUUCUCUAUAAUUUUAAAGAAAAAAUAUCGAGCAUUUUUAAUUAUUUAUACCGAUACGCAAAAAAUGGCAAAUAACAGUGUCGCUGUACCUGAUGAUUUGAAAAAGUUGUACGAUCAUGUCGAUGCGAACAAAGUUCGAUACAUUGAAACAUUGCGUGAAGCAGUGGCCAUCAAAUCGGUGUCCGCCUGGCCACAUACUCGAAAUGAAAUUCAAAAAAUGGUUGAUUGGACGGCCGAAAAAUUGAAAGCACUUGGUACUCAAGUGGAAUUAGCCGAAUUGGGAACACAAACACUACCGGACGGUCAAACUCUUCCAUUGCCAAAAGCAAUUUUGGGCGUAUUAGGCAAUGAUCCAGCUAAAAAAACGGUCUGUGUUUAUGGUCAUUUGGAUGUUCAGCCAGCAUUAUUGUCCGAUGGUUGGGAUAGCGAACCAUUCGUUUUGACUGAGAGAGAUGGAAAAUUGUAUGGUCGCGGUGCAUCGGAUGACAAAGGUCCUGUUAUCUGUUGGAUUCAUGCCAUCGAAGGUUUUCAAACGCUUGGAAUUCCCAUUCCAGUCAAUAUUAAAUUUGUGUUCGAAGGAAUGGAAGAGAGCGGCAGCGAAGGUUUGGAUGAAUUGCUAAUGGCAAGGAAAGAUGAUUUCCUUAAAGACGUUGACUAUGUUUGUAUAUCCGAUAAUUACUGGCUCGGAAAAGAUAAACCAUGUAUUACAUACGGUUUGCGUGGUAUUUGUUACUUUGGUGUUGAAGUUCAUUGUGCAAGCAAAGACUUGCACAGUGGCGUAUACGGCGGUGCUGUUCACGAAGGUAUGGCUGAUUUGGUUUAUUUGCUGAACACCUUGGUCGAUAAAAACGGUCGCAUUUUGAUCGAUGGAAUUUACAAAAAUGUUGCACCGCUUCGUGAAAAUGAAAAAGAAACUUAUGAUAAAAUCAGCUUCGAUGUAAAUGAAUAUCGUAAAGAUAUUGGUUGCAAUAAAUUGGCACAUAAUGAAGACAAAACCCAAUUGUUGAUGCAUCGCUGGAGAAAUCCAAGCUUAUCAAUCCAUGGAAUUGAAGGUGCUUUUUAUGAACCAGGUCAAAAAACUGUUAUCCCACGCAAAGUGAUCGGAAAGUUCUCAAUCCGUAUUGUGCCAAAUCAAACAGUGGCCGAUGUUGAACGUGCUGUUUUGGCCCAUUUAAAUGCCAAGUGGGCUGAACGUGGUUCACCAAACACAUUCAAAGCAUAUUUGGCACAUGGUGGUUCACCCUGGGCAGCUGACCCAACUCAUCCACACUACGAAGCUGCUAAACGCGCAACGAAACAUGUUUACAAAGUUGAACCAGACAUGACAUGUGAAGGCGGAAGCAUUCCAGUUACUCUGACUUUACAAGAGACCACCGGCAAAAAUGUCUUAUUACUGCCAGUUGGAUGCGGUGACGAUGGCGCACAUUCACAAAACGAAAAAGUCGACGUUCGUAACUACAUUGAAGGCACUAAAUUGCUUGGAUCGUACCUUUAUGAAGUUGGACAACUCUAAACACAUUCAAUUUCCAAUUUAUUGCAAACAAUGUGAAAAUUCACCUGAAAUGAAAAACACCACAUUUUUGUGUCAAACACAAAAUGUUCAAUGCAUCAUAUAAAACUGUGAAGGACUAUAGAAGAGAAAAAAAUCAUCACUUGAAUUAUUAUUUUAUUUUGCACAAUAAACAAAAAUAUUUUUCCAAAAAUUA